UUAUUAUAUGUUAUAUAUACAUGUUGUAUCUCAUUAUUAUCGUUGAAUAUUUACUAUAUAUUGAACAAAAAUGUUCUAAUAAAAAUUCUCACCCCUCACAGAUAAUGACUAACAUAUGAUAACUCUAAAUCAGUUUUUAAAGUCACAAUAAGUUAAUUAUUUUCUGUUUACAUGUACAAGUUUAUUACUAAAUAAGCCCAGCUAAGAUUAAGUCAAUGUUUCGUCCUUCAAACUUUAUUACAAAUAUUUUCCUUUUAUUAUUAUUAAUUUAUUUAAACCUUAACAAAGCACAACGUUUAUAAUGGUUUAAGGGGUUAUUUUUUUAUUUAACAGACAGAUGUUUAUAGCAGCCUAAAUAAAGGUUAAGGGGGCUGCUGGGACUUCAUCAAUGGCAAUGUAAUGAAUGGGAAACUUGAGGACUUUUCUACAUUCAGAACUUCUCAGAUCUGCUACAGGGGGAGCCGUGCAGUGAUUGGCUGGUGAAACUUUUGAGCGCUCUGAUUGGUUGAGGUCGUUCUGUGGGACAGAUGGGCAGAAGGGGCUGUGGGGGAGAUUGCUGUAGAUCAUUAGAGGAGAGCAGACUGAAGACCUCACUGCUGGAACCUGCUGGAGAUGAUCAUCACUGACUCACUGACUGACUGACUGACUGAUAUGGAUGAACUGAGAGAAAACAGCUCAACUGCAGCAGCAGCAGAGAUCUGGGAGCCGGAAAGAGAGAGGGAGUAAAAUAGAGAGAAAGAGAGAGGGAGUAACAGAAAGAGACACAGUAAAAGAGAGAGAAAAAAGAGAGAGAGUAAAAUACUAGACAGUUAUUUAUUAGUUUAUAAGUGUGUGUGUGUGUGUGUGAGAGAGAGAGAGAGAGAGAGAGAGAGAGAGAGACUGAGACAGAGGGAGUAACAAAGAGAAAUAUAAGGAAAGGGAGAGAUAACUAGUGUGUAUGCUUGUGUGUGAGUGUGUGUGUAAGAAUAUAUAAGUGUGUGUUGUGUGAGUGUUUGUGAGUGUGUGUUAGUGUGUGUAAGUAUAUGUAAGUGUGUGUGUGUGUGUGUGUGUGUGUGUGUGUGUUAGUGUAUGUCUCUGCGAGAGUGUAAGAAUGUGUGUGUUUGAGUGAGUGUGUGUGUGUGUGUGUGUUACUAUAUGUUUGUGUAUUGGUGUUAGUGUGUGUUUGUUAGUGUGUGAGAGAGUGUGUUGGUAUGUCUGUGUGUGAGAGAGUGUGUAAGUGUGUGUGACUGUGUAAGUUUGUUAGUUAGUUUGUGUGUUUUAGUGUGUGUGUGUGUGUGUGUGUGUGUGUGUUAGAGAUGUCAGUAGGCGCUGUGCUCGCGCUGCUCUCGUGCUCGGUGGUGUGUGUGUGGGGCUGUCUGCUGCCCGCGGAGUGGAGGCCGCUGAGUGAGGGCUGCCGGGCCGAGCUCGCGCACAUCAUCCUGUACGCCAGAGUGCUCGCGCUGCACGCGGAGCCGCACGCGCAGCACGGCCUUCUGUACGCGGCGGAGGUGGAGGUGCUGUGCGACCAGGCGUGGGGCAGCAUGCUGGAGGUGCCCGCGGGGUCCCGACUCAACGUGUCCGGCCUCGGCUACCUCCACUGCCAGUCCCACACCGUGAUGGAGAACUACUCAUACAUCUUCUUCCUCAGGAUGGAUGACGACUAUAACUUCCUCCCUCAUGCCAUUAACUACCAGGAUGCCAUCUUCCCCGACACGCAGGAGAACCGUCGCAUCUUCUCCAGCCUCUUCCAGUUCUCCAACUGCUCCAGCGGAAACACCUUUCACAGCUUCAGCCCAGAGUGGGAAUACCAGGAGGACAGCAGGUUGCUGUGCUCGUCUGUGCAGCAGGUGCUGUUUGAGGAGGAGGAGCGUGUGGGCCGGCUGCAGGAACACGUUGCGGCUCUGCAGCAGAAGAACGAGCAGCUGAAGGCUCGCGUGGGGAAGCUGAAGCGUGCGCUGAGGAGAGCGCGCCGGAGCGGCCGCCGAAAACAGCAGCAGAAGCAGCAGCAGCGGCAUGAGCGCCUCGAGCUCCAGCAGCACCACAGCUCCACACACACACCCUCAGCUCAUCACUUCAACCACAUCGCCCCCCCACACAAACCCUCACACCACUCACACGGGCUGUGAGAACAUCCACACACAUGUACGGACAAGACUCAGACUCCUGCAGACUGCUGGGCAGUCUCUUAUACUGAUGUACACGUGAUGCUUUAACUGAUGGAAGACCGAAAAUCAGUCAUAUUCAUAUCUACAGGGGUUGGACAAUGAAACUGAAACACCUGUCAUCAUUUUAGUGUGGGAGGUUUCAUGGCUAAAUUGGAGCAGCCUGGUGGCCAAUCUUCAUUAAUUGCACAUUAUUGCACCAGUAAGAGCGUGAAGAGUGUGAAGGUUCAAUUAGCAGGGUAAAAGCACAGUUUUACUGCUCAAAAUAUUGCAAUGCACACUAUAACAUUAUGGGUGACAUACCAGAGUUCAAAUAAGGACAAAUUGUUGGUGCACGUCUUGCUGGAGCAUCUGUGACCAAGACAGCAAGUCUUUGUGAUGCAUCAAGAGCCACAGUAUCCAGAGUAAUGUCAGCAUACCACCAAGAAGGACCAACCACAUCCAACGGGAUUAACUGUGGACGCUGUAAGAGGAAGCUGUCUGAAAGGGAUGUUCGGGUGCUAACCCGGAUUGUAUCCAAAAAACAUAAAACCACGGCUGAUCAAAUCACAGCAGAAUUCAAUGUGCACCAAAACUCUCCUGUUUCCACCAGAACUGUCCGUCACCACAAUAAAUUAUUGUGGUCUAAAACCAGGUGUUUCAGUUUUUAUUGUCCAACCCCUGUAUAUCCAUAUCCAUGCUAUGCAAAGUUCAUAGCAGACAUGUGGUGAGUCAUAAGAUUGCCUGCUUGAUUGUAAGGAGCAUACACUGACCUGGUGUAUGCUUAAGGUCAAGGGAUAGCAGUAUGUCCAUUUGUCAAUGUACAUAUUCUUAAUGUACAUUAUGUAAAUACUUCAUACAACAUCUCAAAGCUGAAGCUGUGUAGUUUAAUUAAACCAGUCUUUUAAUAGUAUUCGUAAUAAUGUGUUUAUAAUAGACACAUUUAUAGAUUAUAGAUAGAUAAACACACUGAGGGCAGUACUACCUAAACAUGUUCUGGAGAAUGUAAAUAAAUGACUAUAUGCAUUUUUUAUCCUUGUAUUUUUCAAAUAAAUAUCUAUAAUGC